CGGGCCGGGCCGCGCCGGUGCCUCCGCCGCCAUGAGCUAGGCGCGGCGGGGCGAGGGCCGCCGCCGGCGGUGGCGGGGACCAUGAGGCUCCGCGUCUACAAGCGCAAAGUCUUCCUGCUGGCGCUGGCGCUGGCCGCCUGCGCCCUGGCGCUCUGGGGCACCAACGGCCGCGGGCGGCGGCGGCGCGAGGCGGCGCGCGGAGGCGGCGGCGGCGGCACCGCCGAACCGCCGCGGCCCCGCGGCGCCAGCGAGGCGCCGCCGCCGCCGCCCGCCGCCAGCGCCCGCCGCCCCGCCGCCAACGCCUCGACGGCGGCGCCGGCGGCCGCCAACGACACGCUGCGCUACCGCUCGCUCGUCUACCGGCUCAACUUCGACCAGCCGGUGCGCAACGCGGGCCGCUUCCCGCCGCGCGCCGCCGCCGCCGCCGACGUGGUGCUGGUGGUGCAGGUGCACGACCGCGCCGAGCACCUGCGGCUGCUGCUGGCGUCGCUGCGGCGGGCGGCGGGCGUGGAGAACGUGCUGCUCGUGCUCAGCCACGACCUCUGGGCCGAGGAGCUCAACCGCCUGGCGGCCCAGGUGGACUUCUGCCCCGUGCUGCAGGUCUUCUUCCCCUUCAGCAUCCAGCUCUACCCCCGCGAGUUCCCCGGGCACGACCCCCGCGACUGCCCCCGCGACGUCAGCAAGGCGGCGGCGCUGCGCCUCGGCUGCAUCAACGCCGAGUACCCCGACUCCUUCGGGCACUACCGCGAGGCCCGCUUCUCGCAGACCAAGCACCACUGGUGGUGGAAGCUGCACUUCGUCUGGGAGCGGGUGCGGGCGCUGCGGGAGCACGCCGGGCCCGUGCUCUUCCUGGAGGAGGACCACUACCUGGCCCCCGACUUCUACCACGUCCUCAAAAAGCUGUGGGCCCUGCGCGGGCAGGAGUGCCCCGAGUGCCAGAUCGUGUCCCUGGGCAGCUACAGCCUCGUGCGCGGCGGCUUCGCCGGCCGGGCCGACAAGGUGGAGAUGAAGACGUGGAAGUCCACCGAGCACAACAUGGGCAUGGCCUUCGGCAGAGACACCUACCAGCAGCUCAUCGAGUGCACGGACGCCUUCUGCACUUACGAUGACUAUAACUGGGACUGGACUCUGCAGCAUUUGACUGUCUCUUGUCUUCCAAAGUUCUGGAAGGUGCUAGUACCCGAAAUCCCCAGGAUUUUCCAUACUGGGGACUGUGGCAUGCACCACAAGAAAUCCUGCAGGCCGUCCACCCAGAGUGCCAAAAUCGACUCGCUCUUGAACAGCAACCAACAGUACCUGUUCCCCGAAACGAUGAGUGUCAGUAAAAGGUACUCUAUGGCACCCCUUUCCCCUCAUGUGAAAAACGGAGGGUGGGGAGAUAUUAGGGACCACGAACUCUGUAAAAGUUACCGCAGACUUCAGUGAGGAGCGUUCUGGCAGCCUUUUUCUUUUUGAGUUGUUCCAUACUGUCUUUUACAGACAUUCACAUGUAUAAAAGCAUUUAUGAAUUGGUUUCUGCUUUAAUAUGAAUAAACAUUCUUGUAAAAGGUG